UGCCACCUGUCAGUGUCCAUUAGUACCAGCUCUCAGUGCUCGUCCAUUCCACCUGCCAGUGCCCAUCAGUGCUACAUCAAUGCAACAUAUCAGUGCCUACCAGUGCACAUCAAUGCCACAUAUCAGUGCCCAUCUGAGCUGCCUUUCAGUGUCACCCAUCAGUGCCAGUCAGUGCCACCUAUCAAUGCCAAUCAGUGCCACCUAUCAGUGCUGCCAAACAGUGCCAGUCAGUGCUGCCUAUCAGUGUGCAUCAGUGCCACCUAUCAGUGCCCGUCAUCAGUGCCACCUAUCAGUGCUGCCUUUCAGUGCCCAUCAGUGCCACCUACCAGUGCCUCCUCAUCAG